AUGCAUUCGUUAGCAACAACCAUUCGUUUCGUCACGCUGAACCGCCGAACACUAGCGAAUGAACUCCAAGCCGCCCUGUCUGGGCUUCUGCGAUAUCUCUGUGUGCCUUUUGCUGCACUGCAGGAAACACGCGUGGGAGAUCGGCCCGUCACCAGCAUCGAAAAUUACACCAUAUACUGCGGCGAUGCUGAUGAGAACAAAAUGCGCCUUUCUACGACUGCGGGAUCGCAGAACACCACAUACUGUUGCACUGCACGAAACGUAAACAGAGGACGUAAACACUGGAUCGUAAGUGCUCACGCACCUACGGAAACCGCUGAGGACAACAGUAAGGACGCCUUCUAUGAUAAACUCAAUGCGUUGAUGUCUAAAAUACCCAGGAAGCAGGUGGACAUUGUCGGAAUCGAUGCAAAUGCGAAUAUGGGACUCGAGCAGCAAUCCGAUGUGCUAGGAAAAUGGUACUAUCCAGCGAAGCGCACGUCGGACAACGGUGAACGUCUGGUCGACUCAUGUGAACAGACGGACCUCAUCAUCUCUUUCAUGUUUGAUAGGAAUCAUCGACGCUAUCACAUUAUGUGGCAGGGGUCAAUAAAUUUAACGCCUGAAGAGCAGCGCAAGCGGAAGAUAAAGACUCUUAAGCUUCAGCUCGACUACGUUCUGGCGAGGGACAUUCCUCGGUCAGAUAUCCGAAAAUCUAGAGCUGUUUGGGACGUCGCGUUCGACUCUGACCACCGUCCAGUUCUUCUCAGCUUCAACACACGGUUCCACAAAAAAAACCGAGGAGUUCCUCUUCAAUCAACAUCGCAGAGGGAUCACUUCAAGACUUUGCUGCACCAGCAAGCGUCGUCUGUUCCUGAACUUGGGCACGUUGAUAGACCGAAAUAUGCGGUUAACGAGGAACCACCGACCGAGUCGGAGCCGCCCAAGUACAAGCAGAUGUGGGUCUCCGCGAGACCUCAAACGGAGAUCAGGGUGGACGGCCAACCGAUCGAACUCAUCGAUGAGUUACGUUACCUGGGCUGUAUGCUAAAGAACAACGACAGCUACGAGGAAGAUAUUCAGCAAAUAUGCGCUAAGGCCACUACUGCAUCUCCAUAA